AUGCAAAGAGAGCUCGAUGGCUUACGAUCCCUCAAAGAAAAAUUUAUGGUUCAGACAAGAGAACUUGAACUUCACAAUGAUGAUUUAGAGCGCACAGAACGAGCUGCUCAAUCAUCUUUGAUGGAUUUGGAAAGUAAAUAUAAUAAGGCAAUCGAACGAAAUGUUCUACUCGAAAAUGAACUUGAAGGAAAGAAUCAAUUGAUUGUACAAGUACAAAGAUUAAAAGAUGAAUUACGCGAUGUAAAUAUUGAAAUGGCAAUUUUAAAGAACAAACAAGAUGGAGAAUAUGGACCACCAACAACAGCUGCAGUCACCACUUACUCAAGACCAAGCUCAGCGAUGUCUGUCGAUAGUCUUCCACCACCAAGUCCUACUUUUUCCACACACGCACAAUCAAAUCCUGUUAUGAUGGUCCAAGAAAUGGUCGGAAGAGUAAAGAGUCUGGAAGCCCGUCUUGUCUCUUGCCGAUCACUUGUAACUCCCCUCUUAGCACCACCCCCAUCAUAUUCUACAACGAUGCCACUUUGCACAUCUCCUCCUAGUAAUUCACCUUCACCCGUAUUCUCAAAACAUCGAUCAGAUAUUCCUUAUCGCUCUCCGUCAAAACCACAUCGACGAUCUUCAGCACAGAAAAAGUCAUUUAUGUUACAUAAUCAAAUUCCAAUGUUCACUCCAACAACAUUUCAAGUUUGA